CGGCGAGUGCGGGAGCAGGCGGAGGCUGCGGCGGGGGAUACUGAGACCAUGCGUGAGAUCGUGCACAUCCAGGCCGGGCAGUGCGGCAACCAGAUCGGUGCCAAGUUCUGGGAGGUGAUCAGUGAUGAGCAUGGCAUUGACCCUACUGGCAGCUCCCAUGGGGACAGUGACCUGCAGCUGGAGAGGAUCAAUGUCUACUAUAAUGAAGCUGCUGGUAACAAGUAUGUCCCCCGUGCCAUCCUGGUGGAUCUGGAGCCUGGCACAAUGGACUCUGUGCGUUCUGGACCCUUUGGCCAGAUCUUCCGUCCUGACAACUUUGUCUUUGGUCAGAGUGGGGCUGGCAACAACUGGGCCAAGGGGCACUACACGGAAGGUGCCGAGCUGGUGGACUCUGUCCUGGAUGUGGUGAGGAAGGAGUCGGAGAGCUGUGACUGCCUCCAGGGCUUCCAGCUGACCCACUCGCUGGGUGGCGGCACCGGCUCUGGGAUGGGCACCCUUCUGAUCAGCAAGAUCCGUGAGGAGUACCCCGACCGCAUCAUGAACACCUUCAGCGUCAUGCCCUCCCCCAAGGUGUCGGACACGGUGGUGGAGCCCUACAAUGCCACCCUCUCUGUGCACCAGCUGGUGGAGAACACGGAUGAGACCUACUGCAUCGACAACGAGGCCCUGUAUGACAUUUGCUUCCGCACCCUGAAGCUGACCACUCCCACCUAUGGGGACCUCAACCACCUGGUGUCAGCCACCAUGAGCGGUGUGACCACCUGCCUUCGCUUCCCCGGCCAGCUGAACGCCGACCUGCGCAAGCUGGCGGUCAACAUGGUGCCUUUCCCGCGGCUGCACUUCUUCAUGCCGGGCUUCGCGCCGCUGACCAGCCGCGGCAGCCAGCAGUACCGCGCCCUGACGGUGCCCGAGCUGACGCAGCAGAUGUUCGACUCCAAGAACAUGAUGGCCGCCUGCGACCCCCGCCACGGCCGCUACCUGACGGUGGCCGCCAUCUUCCGGGGCCGCAUGUCCAUGAAGGAGGUGGACGAGCAGAUGCUGAACGUGCAGAACAAGAACAGCAGCUACUUUGUGGAGUGGAUCCCCAACAACGUCAAGACGGCCGUCUGCGACAUCCCCCCGCGCGGCCUCAAGAUGUCCGCCACCUUCAUCGGCAACAGCACGGCCAUCCAGGAGCUCUUCAAGAGGAUCUCGGAGCAGUUCACGGCCAUGUUCCGGCGCAAGGCCUUCUUGCACUGGUACACGGGGGAGGGCAUGGAUGAGAUGGAGUUCACAGAGGCCGAGAGCAACAUGAAUGAUCUGGUCUCUGAAUACCAGCAAUACCAGGAUGCCACUGCCGAUGAGCAGGGCGAGUUUGAAGAGGAAGGAGAGGAGGAUGAGGCUUAGGUCCCAUUGGUGUCAAAGCAACUUCUAUAAAGCAGGCAUGUGUACUGAAUGACUUGAUGGUGGUGAAGCAUGUUCUCUAGAUGCUGUGUCCCAAAUGAUCCUGUUAGAACUUGUGACUUUGGCAGAUUUCUCAAUGUAACAGUCCUCAGUCCCUGUUAUUAUCAUGGUUUUGUCCUUUAAUGGUAUAAGCACGUAAUGGCAUGUAUUCUAGAUCAUGUUUUCUGUCUUAACACUUUAUUGGACAAAGAAAAUCUGUCUAGCCUGUGUGUAGGAAGUUUAAUGACACACAAGUCUUGCAGUGUGGUGGGGUGCACUUUGAUCCACUGAGGUUUAUGUAUUUUCAGUGUAUUCUUAUGUAAAUCAGUCUUCUUUUAUCUUAUAGGAUUCAAGCCUACCUGUAGCUUGAAUGAAAAUGGAAAGCCAACUAUCAUUCCUAAACAAGGCGAAUCUAAACACUUCCAAUUUGUUAUGGUUCACAUCAGCGUAGGAAAUUUUCCACUUCCCUGUUGAAGUCCUCUGCAAAACGCAGGUGUAGGUUGUGCUUUCCUUCUGGCAUCAGAAGCAAUCUUUAAAGAGAAAAAAAACAACCCAGUGGUGACUAUAGAUCUGUAUGCUGUGAGCAGAGAUGGUGAGUUAUUGCCUUUGCCUUCCUGUUGAUUACCCAAGGACAGAACUCUUGCUUUAAGUCCUCUCUCAGUGAUUCAGAAUGUGAACCACACAGCAAGACUAGCAAGCACAUUGCUUGCCCUGCUUUAGGCCUGGUUUCUAGGAAUCUCUCUGGUAGUCUGCAAAAAAACCACCAUAAAUUCCAGAACUUAGGUGCUCAGGAUGCAUCCUGGAGUGGUAGGUGAAGUAUUUGAGUGUUUUGCCUCUUUGAGAGAUGGUAUUGGGCAGUGGAGACAUGGAGAGAUCACUAGGGAAUUAUAGGUUUCUUGUCACUGCCAAACCUAGUUAGUGCUUGAACUUUGUCUAGUCUUCCUGGAAAAACACAAUCCCAAACUACAAUCAUUAAAUUUGCUCAAGGUAAAAGGGAAGUAAGGACUUCCUUGGCUACAAUGAAAGCUUAUUAGUAGCAAAUGGAGAAAGUUCAGUCUUUCAUAGUGAUGUGAGAUUGACAAGCCCAAAAUGCUACUUGCUGCUGCUUUCUGCCUGGCAAGAACUUUGCACACCAUAUAGGCUCUUCUAACACCAUUAGUCUGGUUUCUGAUGAGGACAUGCAUAGGGUAGCACUUCAGCAUGAGGACACGCAUAGAAUGACAGUGUAUUGACUGUGAUUCUUAAGAGCACUUCCUCAGCUUGUCUUCCAAAGUGGAGCUCUCAGAUGCUGGUGUAGUUUUUGGUGAUUUGCCUCAGCACCUGGAGUGUUUGCAAAGUUUGACUGAACUAUGAAUGCUUGGUGUUGCUGAGCAGGGCAUGUGGGAGUACCUGCAUGGGAUUGGGAAGGUUUCUUGUUCUCAUCUUUCCUGUGGUGUAAUGAACUCUUAUGAACAUCACUCAGUUUUUCAGAGAUGGCAUCAAUAAAGCAGCUCCUGUACUCGACAUUCAUAGUAAUAA